AUGGGUAAGGGUACUCCUUCAUUCGGUAAGCGUCACAACAAAUCUCAUACUUUAUGUAACAGAUGUGGUCGUCGUUCCUUCCAUGUUCAAAAGAAGACUUGUGCCUCCUGUGGUUAUCCAGCUGCUAAGACUAGAUCUUACAACUGGGGUGCCAAGGCCAAGAGAAGAACUACCACUGGUACCGGUAGAAUGAGAUACUUAAAGCACGUUGCUAGAAGAUUCAAGAACGGUUUCCAAACUGGUGCUCCAAAGGCUGCUUCCGCUUAA